GAAAAGGAGAAAAAAAAAUGCAGAAAACUCCGGUAUAUUUCUUCACUAUGUGACAAUGGAAGUGAUAGAGGGGAAGAUGAUGGAAGAUCCCAUGACUUUUGACCCCACCAUCCAUCCAAAUCAGUCCACGCUGCCCUGGGUCAACGACACGAACUCCACCUCCCCGGACACCUACGCCAUAAAUCUUCUCCUCUCCUGCAUCUACACCAUCCUGCUCUUCCCGCUCGGCCUUGUGGGUAACAUCCUGAUACUGCUGGUGAACUUCGACCCUCGUCAGCGGAUGAGCACCCCUGAUCUAUACUUCACUAAUUUGGCUCUGGCCGACCUGGUGCUGGUGCUGGACUCGCUAAUCGAGGUGUUCAAUCUGAGCGCGCACUACUACGACGACGCAGUGCUGUGCUCCUGCAUGGCCAUCUUCCUGCAGGUCAACAUGUACAGCAGCGUGUUUUCGCUCACCUGGAUGAGUCUGGACCGCUGCCUUGCGCUGACCGGCCUCAGCACGCGUGCGCUACCUAAAAAUGUUUCCGUCCAACACCGUUCGCGCGUCGCCCAUAGGGCUUGCGCGACCAUUUGGGCGGCGGCCACCCUGUGCACGCUGAUUCCAUUCGCUACUGCGCACGCGUAUCACGGCUGGGGGCGUGGCUUCUGUUUUGCUGGUGUGGCUGAAGUGCAAUGGCUGGAGGUGACGCUAGGAUUCGCCCUGCCUUUUUGCGUGAUGGGCGUCUGCUACACCCUGAUCGCACGCGUGCUGCUGCGCUCUGAAAGGCUGCAGCGAACCAAAGCCUUGCGCAUGAUAAUUGCGGCUGUGAGUGUGUUUUUUGUGUGCUGGCUUCCGGAGAACGUCUUCAUCAGUGUGCAUCUUUUGAGAGGCGACACAGAGGCCUCACGGCGACGCGGAAACCACACGUUGUGGCAGCGCUACCCACUGACGGGACACGUGGUGACCUUGGCGGCCUGCGCCAACAGCUGCCUGAACCCGCUCGUCUACAGCCUGCUGGGAAACACCUUCAGACAGAAACUGCAAGUGUUUGUUGCGCACCACGUGCGCUGCCUGCAUACACGCAUGCAGAACGCAAGCGCGACCCCACCCUGUCCGUGCGUCACUUGCACAAACGUGCACCAUUCCUGCUCGCAUGAGAAUGAGGAGGAGGAAGAGUGUGACCUCAGGAGCGGCGAGGAGGGUCGAGAGUGUGUGUGUGACAGAGUGGGAUAAACAUAGUCAUGUUGUAAUGGCACAGGACAAGUGUCCAUUGUAAAAAGUCUUUGUAAAAUCUUUUUUUGACAGAAAAUAAUAUAUUAGGCAAGACUGCCUAAAAAUUGAUCAAAUAUGACAGUAAAAACAAAAAGAUUUCUAUUUCAAAUAAAUGCUAUUCUUUUGAUCUUUCUUUACAUCAAAUAAUCCUGAAAAAAUUUAUCAUGGUUUCCACAAAAAAAUUAAACAGCAA